UGAUUGUUAUAUCUAUUGUGCGCAGAGAGAGAGUGGCAUGGGGGCAGUGUUAACUCUGAAGAAUACAAAGAAAUACAAAAAAAGUAUCUGCAAUCUGGAACAUGCUAUUUUUGAUACAGUAAAAAUUUUGUGUUAAACCGUUUGCCUUUGGCAAUGGAUUUGGAACUAGGAAGCACACUAAUUCCUCGUGGCUCAUGAAAGCGACUCACCUAUGACGAGUUCUGUAUGUCAACAAUUUCACCAUGACCAAGCACACCAGCGUGUAUUACCCGGCUGCCGUACGUGAGUGUCCGAGAUACCAGGUGGCUUUCCGCCAUACGCGACUACGAAAGAAGAUGAACUCCUUGUCAACAAUGACGCCUCAGCUCCUACUACUCAACGGGCAGCAGCAUCAUUCCCACGCUGCCAACAAACUACAGAUACUUUCAAAAGUUUUGCUGCUCGAAGCUACUCGGAACAAGCUGGUAAAAGAGCUUCGCAUCAUUACAAACAAGGUAUAUGAAGAUGUCAACAUUUUCCUGAUGUCACCUUUUUCAACAAGUGUCUUUGAAGCUAUCUCAAAGGCUUUAAAUGAGAAAUGUCAAUCAAUUGAAAAAUUAUCAGUUCUACUGAAGGACCUAACAUUUGAGCCUAAAAUGUGUCUGCAGCCUUUUCGCAAAAAUAGGGUGAUGACAAACCAAUGUCAACCAUUAGGAGUCAAAGGGCUCCUGUACGCUGAUGCACUCAGGUUUGGGCCUAUGUUACAGAACUCCAUGAGGGCCAGUUCUUUCGUCAAAGGUUUUCAGGUGUUUAGAGCUAGACUUACCUUUCAGUCGCUGACAGGAUUCCUCAUCCCCCAGCUCCCAGGAGUGCAGAUGGAUAAAAUUCCUGUACAGAAUAGCUCUGUUGGGACUGUCAUCUCUUCAUUAAGCCAUAACUCUGAACAGCAAGAAAUAGAAAUAUGUUGUGAGGAGAAAUGCAAACCAGAGACUGUGGUUGUUCCUGCAAAAUGCCAACCAGCGACUGUGAUUGUUCCUCUAAAAUGCCAACCAGAGAAUGAGUUUGUUUCUGCUGCCCUCACUAAGAGCCCUAAGGUCAUUACCGACCCAACUCUGACUUUUUUUCGUGGGCCCGGGGAUGUUGUAUAUGUGCAACACAAAAAACAAACAUCCACCCAACUACUGCACUUCCUACGAGCAAAACCCAUAACCGUAGAGGCAAUGGAGGUCUCUUUCAUUGAGCUAAGCAAGUGCUCAUCACAGCUCAUGCGGCCCUCUGUGGAAACACAAGGUACUCCUAUCAGGCAUGCGUCACAUGAGCAGAUUGAUGCCGCAGCUCCAGAAACACUGCUCACAGAUACAGUAAACCAAGCUCCUGUUUUCAGGGUCAAACGGGCCGAGCCAAAUGGCUCGCUUACAUAUGCUUGUGUAAUUGCAACCAAGACUGAAUUGUGGGAUUUCAGAGAUGUUGAUACAGUUGUCACAGCAGAAGGGGCCCAAGGAAAAGCCAAUAUCUGGUGCUCUGACAACAAAGAUUGGCAAAGUGAAAAGUCUGAGGACGACAAGGCCUGCAUGACUAAACCCCUAACACUCCUGUGUGAAAAUUCUGAAAAUGAAUAUAAAUAUUCAGAUUCUGCAAAAAAGCCCCAAACAGAGUCUCCAAACAUUCCACAAUUCCAGGUACGAAGAUUUGAGGAACCCGAGGUUGUUGUGUCUCAUAUUGUGAGUCCAAGCAACUUCUACAUUCAGCAUGCAGACUCCAUCGCUAAGAUGCAGGCGCUUGUUACUGGCAGCUGGGAACCCAGUAGUUCAUAUGCUGAGCAGAACUGCAUUCCAGACAUCGGAGCCCAUGUAAUAGCCUGGUUCCCUAAGCAAGAACAAGGGUGCAGGGCUCAGGUGACAAAGAUAUGUGGCGUGAGCACAGAUGAUGCCACUGACGGAGCCAAGGGUGAGACUUCCAUCAAGGUGGAGGUGAGGAGGCUGGAUCACGGCGACACCGAUUGUGUAUCACUGUGUAACCUCACGGAGAUGAGCCCAGAAAUGUGCAACUUACCACUACAGUCAAUGAAAGUCUCACUGGCAAAUGUUAUUCCAAUAAAUGGGACAGACUGGUCUGAGGAAGCAGUGGAUUGGUUUAGAGCGAUGGUGCACAACCGGAUGUUCUACGCCCGAAUUUACACACAUGGGCCUGGCUUGUCAGUCGAGCUUUACUUUGAAAAGGGGAAACUUGGAGCUAUGAGGAGGGGCCCGCCAUUAUCUUUGCGACUAGCCCAUAACGGACAUGCCAAACACAGCAAACUGAAGAAUAUUAGUUUACCAAAAAACAACCAUGUUCGGGUCCAACUGAGAAAACAGGAUUCAGACUGGGAGAAGUAUCUCAUCUCAUGCUACACUCAGCGGAAAUACUACUGGCUAAGCCUGCCACAGAUCUGUGGAUGUGAAUAUUUACGAUGUUGUUGGGUUUUGUAUUUUUCAGCUCUGGAGUCAAAAAUGAACUGGGGGUCCUUUUACGCCGUGAUCAGCGGCGUAAACAGGCACUCAACGGGCAUCGGACGUAUAUGGCUCUCCGUCAUCUUCAUUUUCCGUAUCUUCGUCCUGGUGGUUGCAGCGGAGAGCGUUUGGGGGGACGAGAAGUCCGGCUUCACCUGCAACACCCAACAGCCCGGCUGCAACAGCGUCUGCUACGACCAGUUCUUUCCCAUCUCGCACAUCCGCCUAUGGGCACUCCAGCUCAUCCUGGUGUCCACCCCAGCUCUCCUUGUGGCCAUGCAUGUGGCCCAUCGGCGCCACAUUGAAAAGAAGAUCCUAAAGCGGGCAGGCCGUAACAGUCCUAAGGAGCUGGAGCACAUCAAGAACCAGAAGUUUCAAAUCACCGGAGGUCUGUGGUGGACGUACAUGAUCAGCAUUGUCUUCCGAAUCCUCUUUGAGGUUGCUUUUCUCUACAUUUUCUACAUGAUCUACCCUGGCUUCAGGAUGGUGCGCUUGGUGAAGUGCGAUUCAUACCCGUGCCCCAACACAGUGGACUGUUUUGUGUCCAGGCCCACAGAGAAGACCAUUUUCACCGUCUUCAUGCUGGCCGUGUCUGGAGUGUGUGUGUUGCUCAACCUGGCCGAGCUGGUCUACCUCGUAGGCAGGGCAUGCAAACGAUUCUUUCGCCGCUCUGAGGAAGAGUCCAAAAUGGACUGGAUGAGUCAGAAAUUGUCUUCCUACAAAAUGAGACCAAUCAGCUGAUAGUAAACUAUUUUUACUGUGAGAUAAAAGAGAGAGGGGUGAGAGGAUAGGGAGAGAUUUGUCUCAAAAUUAUUUACACAAAUGUAUUCGUGCUUUACACGUUUUUCAGAUCCACAAAUAUAUCUGCGAUUUCCACAUUUUUCAGAUCCACAAAUAUAUCUGCGAUUUACAUUUUUCAGAUCCACAUAACUGUAUAUUCGUGAUUUACACAGGAUUUUCAAGUCCACAAAUAUAUCAGCGAUUUACAUGUUUUUUAAUCUUGUGUGUACAUUUAUCAUGACUUAUCAUUUGUAAAUAUUCAGUUCUGCUUGUGAAUUGUUGAAGCUGCUUUUGUGGAUCAGCGGGCUCGCACAUUUAUUUUUGAGACAAACGUAACGCUGUGUUCAAGAUAUUCACACACACACAAGUUGAAAAUAUUCACACGUGGGAAGUCCCGUCCCUCCAUCCCCUAGGCGGCAGUAUUGCUGUCUCCGUUGAUGACUUGACAAGUAAUUUUGAUGGAAAUCCAACAGUUAAGCGUGAUUUAAAAAAAAAAUAAUAAUAAAAUUUUAUAAUUUGGAUUUUGAAAUGUCACAUCAGAUUUUUAUGAAUGGGGUUUAAUUGGUGUCCUGGGGUCGUCUACUAUCCCACAUAACUGGUUUGGUUGUGGGAUAGCUAAGGGAUUUUUUUACAUAAUCUUUUAAUCACGGUCAAUGGCAGAAUUAUGGCGGUUUAAAAUUAGCUUAAUUUUACAAUGAAACUUCAGAACCUUCCUGGAUGCAAUCCUAGCACAGUGUUUUUCUCUCAGUGGUGGACUCGUUUCCAUAUAACAGAGAGUAUUUUGUUUCAUUAUUUUAGAUCCAAAGCAUUAAUGUCUACGUAUUAUUUGUCAUGCUUUUAUUUUUAAAUCGGCCCAAGCAGCUCGUUGCUGGCGUAUUACCGUAUUGCAUAGUCUAAACAAUCUUUGGGGCGCCUGGCUCGGCUUCAUCUUUACAACUGGGGACUGGCCUGACCGCAGUGGUUUACUGGGGAUUUCAGCAGGGUCAGACCAUAGACUGUUGGAUUCCCAUAAAAAUAACAGUCAAGUCAUCAACGGAGACAGCAACCCUGCCGCCUAGCGGCUGGAGGGACGGGUCUUCCCACAGGUGUGAUUAUUCUCAGUGUGAAUAUCUUGAAAACUGUGUUAUGUUUGUCUCAAAAAUAAAUGCGCGCGCCUGCUGAUCCACAAAUGCACCUUCAACAAUUUACAAGCAGAAUUGAAUACUUACAAAUGAUAAGUCAUGAUAAAUGCACACACAAAAAAAACCGUGUAAAUCGGGGAUAUAUUUGUCGAUCUGAAAAACGUGUAAAUCACGGAUAUAUUUGUGUAAAUAAUUCUGAAACAAAUCUCUCCCCAUACGAGGGAUUCUAGAUUCUGACACAGCCCUUCUUCCCCCUUUCAAACUACUAAACAUCCACUGAGCAUGUUGCUCAGCAUUCAUGCCACACUGUUUAUAUGCAGUUUAAAAUAGUAUACAUAUCAUAUUUAUUGUAUGAAUUGUCUGUCAGCAACAGUUUUUUAUUUUCAAUUUUUACUGACAAGCUGUAGUUUCAUCAUGUCUUGAGGAUAGAUGAAGAUUCAUUUAUCCCGAUUAGUCCUAGUCCAUGUUUGAAAUAAAACCAUUUACAAUUUG